ACUGUAAAUUAAAGGCUCUGUGGGCUUUGGCAGUAAAUGUCAAUUUGACGGGGGUUAAUUAAUUUUAUUGAUGUUUGCAUUGCACAAAAAUUGAGGAUUUACAGGAUUAUUGUAUAAUAAUAAUAUCAUUGAAACAGCAAUGAGUAAAAAACAGGCAGUGAAAAAGUUGAAAUCACUGUGCUACCUAACCCUAGGAGGUUCAGUGGCCUACCAAUUUAUUUAUAUGAGAAAAGAUUUUCCAAGCUACUAUGAACAUGUUCUGCAGCCUGCCAGUCAAUACCUUAGCCCUGAGUGGGCCCACAACCUUGGUGUAGCAGCAAUCAAAUAUGGCAUUUUCCCACCAGAAAAAUACAAUGACCCCAGUGUCUUGAAAACCAAAUUUCUAAAUUAUGACCUCAGUAACCCUAUUGGCAUAGCAGCAGGAUUUGACAAACAUGCUGAUGCAGUUAUAGGAUUAAGAAACCUAGGUUUUUCAAUUGUUGAAAUAGGAUCUGUGACUCCUGAACCUCAGCCUGGAAAUCCUAAGCCAAGGGUAUUUCGACUUUCUGAAGAUCAGGCUGUUAUCAACCGGUAUGGUUUCAACAGUGAAGGCCACAACAAAGUCCAUCAGAAGUUACAAAAUGUGGACAAGGCACAGCUACGUCAAGGCCUCUUGGGCAUCAAUUUAGGCAAAAAUAAACUGUCUGAAAGUGCAGUUCUGGAUUAUGUAGAUGGAAUUAUAAAGUUCAAUGAUGUUGCAGAUUAUUUUGUUAUUAACAUCAGCAGUCCAAACACACCAGGUUUGCGAGCAUUGCAGGAGAAAGAUGAAUUGCAAAAGCUACUAACUGAAGUAAACAAAGUGAGGGCAUCUCUAGAGUCACAGAACAAGCCACCACUGCUUCUCAAGCUUGCUCCAGACCUCACCCUACAAGACAAGAAGGACAUUGUAUCAGUGAUCACCAAGAAAGAGAGCAAAGUAGAUGGUCUGGUAAUAUCUAAUACCACCAUAGAGAGGCCAGGUCUAGCCAACCAAGAAGUUGCCAAAGAAACUGGGGGACUUAGUGGCAAACCACUAACAAACAAAUCAACAGAGAUGAUAAAAGAAAUGUACAAGCUUACUAAAGGCAAGGUUCCCAUAAUAGGUGUUGGUGGAGUAUUCACUGGCCAAGAUGCUUAUGAUAAAAUUUUAGCAGGAGCUUCCGCCAUUCAAAUAUACACAGCUCUAAUUUAUCAAGGACCUCCAGUGGUCACCAAGAUAAAGACAGAGUUAGCUGAGCUGUUAGAGAAAAAUGGAUACAAAUGUGUUAAUGAUGCUGUUGGGAAGGGAGUGUAAUAUUUAAAUAGUUUUAUGAAAUCAUUAC